AUGACCCUCCUAGGGAAACUAAGUCUGCUAGCGGUGAGUUCCGGUAAGGGCCAGAGGCCUGGGUGCGGUCGAAAUGGGAUCAUGCAGCUUGUCCCAGCGGGACCCUCGAUGCGAGACGGCUUGGAGGGGGUUCUCGAGGGCGGAAAUAAUUCGGGAGAGCAAAAGGGCAUCGCCAAGAAUCUUGCGUGGCAAUCUUCGAGGCGUUGUAGGCAGUUGGUGAACACCUGCGAUCCACCGUCCGCGCUAGCUUAUUUUGGAGUCUUGAGUUUUAUCUCGUACGCUAGAGAUCUUAAUGAGAGAAAGAACACUGCACGCGUUUACCCAAGUAUAGAGAAAAUAGAGGGGGGAAUGCCCCAUAUUUAUACUAAAGAAAGAGAAAGAAUGAUGCAAUUAUGUGAGCGAGAGACAAUACUGAUGGUUGCUUUUCGCCGCCCACUUCGUGCGCGAGGUAACCACAUCCCAUGUUGGAAUGUUCUGACCGAUCCAAAAGUCAUCCACCAAGCCACGCAGUCCCGGUUCUUUUUGAUCUCUUCUAUUCUCUGGUGUGCAGGAUGA